AUGUCAGGCAAUGCCCAAGGAAGCGUUCAGGAGCGCGCACAAUACCACCUCUCGCAGCUGGACAAGGAACUGUCCAAGUACCCCGCCCUCAACAACUUCGAGCAGCAAACCAGCGUCCCAAAAGUCUACGUCGUGCUUGGGCUCGGUGCCUUGUACUUCUUCCUCGUCUUCUUUAACAUCGCCGGCGAGUUCCUAGUCAACACUGCCGGAUUCGUCAUCCCAGCCUUUUACUCUCUCCAGGCCCUGUUCUCCAGCGGCAAGGCUGAUGACACCCAAUGGCUCACCUACUGGGUCACAUAUGCCUUUUUGACCGUCUUCGAGUCUGCCAUUAACGCCGUCUACUGGUUCCCCUUCUACUACACCUUCAAGUUCAUCCUGGUGCUCUGGAUGGCUCUCCCUCAGACUGCUGGUGCCCAAAUCGUCUUCCGUACCCUCCUCCAGCCACUCUUCGCCCGCUUCUUCAGCGACGAGGCCUCUGUCCGCAGCAAGGUCGAAUCCGCUGCCAAGAGCCAGUAA